UUUAUGAAGGAACUUUCAAUGCACUGCAUGCAUCUGGAUCAGGAGAGUUGAAAACGCUGAAAACCUGCAGUAUAACGGCACUUCAAGAUCAACUUAGGACACGCCUGCUUGAAGCAAACCGUUUCCUCCCUAUUCAAAGGUUAAUGCAUAAACCAGUCAGACAGGUCUGGAGUUGGGUGAUAAGGGAAGGAGCCACGGGGGAGGACAAGAAACGGGUUUGAAUUCAUACCGGGUCCCACCAAGGAACAGACCAACAAUGACAUCGUCCAAAGAGCAUCUCUGGAAGACCCUAGAAAACCUGACUAGUGAUGAGUUCAAGCAAUUCAAGUGGCUGCUGAAAGAGGAUUUCCCAGCGUCUCGAUUGGAAAAGGCCGACCGCCAGGACACGGUGGACCUGCUGGUGCAAAUGUAUGGCUGUGAGGAAGCUCUGAGGACAUCCACGCUGGUUUUAGAGAAGAUCUACAGGAAUGAUUUGGCACAGCAGCUGUUAAAAACAAACUUGAAGCAGACAGAUAAGCUUGAAAAUGGCCCAAGGAUCGGGAAUGGUGUUGGUUCCAAUGGUGAAAGUGCAAAGCAGAAGGCCAGACUUGAUGAAAUGAGGACAGAAAUAAGUCAGAAGAUAAAAGAGAGAGAGGAGAAGAUCUGUGAGAUCCAACGUUCAGCAGAGCUCAGCAGGAAGUCUGCAGAGCGACAGACAGAAGAGAGCGUGCUCGCCUUCGCUGGUUUAGUUCAGCUGGUUGAGAAAAGUCUAUCCCAUCUCACCGAGGUCAUCGAGUAUGAGCAGAAAGCUACACAGAAGCAAGCUGAAGAAAUCAUCAAGGAUCUACAGCAGGAGAUAUCAGAGCUUAGCCAGAAAGAAGCUGAGCUGGAACAUCUUCUCCUCACAGAAGAUGACGAGAAGUUUCUCCAAGAUGUUAAAACCUCCAACUUAACAAAGAUCAGCAUAACUAAACCGUCUUAUAGCGAAAGUGUAAAAACCUCUGUGGAUAAGCUGAAAGUAGCACUCAGUGAAGAGAUGAAGAAGUUUUACAAAAAAGCCAAACUAAUCUGGAUGCAGCAGUUUGCAGUAGACGUGACUCUAGAUCCAUUAACAGCACAUCCCCAGCUCGUUAUAUCUCAAGAUGGGAAACAAGUUCACUGCAGAGCUACUCAGCCAAAUUUCCCAGACAGGCCAGAGGACAUCAGUGUGUUGGGCAAGGACAGCCUUUCAUCUGGGAGCUCUUACUUUGAGGUAGAGGUAGGACAAAAAAGCUCCUGGGAUUUAGGAGUCAUCUAUAGAUCGAUUGGCAGGCAAGGACCAACGGCAACGGGUCCCGGUGCUGAUCUCUGGAAAUUUAGCUUAAGGGAUGGAGACGGGGAUAAAUCAGCUGGUGUGGAUUUGUUUCAAAAAGCUCUGGUGAACAAAGUGGGUGUUUAUGUGAAUUAUGAGAAGGGGUUGGUCUUGUUUUGUGACGUGGAUUCUGGAGAAAUGAUUCGUGGAUUUUCAAAAUGCUCCUUUAAGGAAAGCCUUUAUCCAUUCUUCAGUUUUGGAGGCAAUAAUAGUCAUCUAAACUCUGACCCUCUGGUCAUCUCUUCUCCUUAGUCUGCUACCUAAUAAGCACUUAGCUACCGUAACUUCAACAUUCAUUUUAUAAAUCCUAGGAAUUAUGGUUUCAUUUUUUUUUAUCAACUGUAACUUUAGUGUGUAACAAACAAGAAAGAGGGGUUAUUUUCACUGUCCUCCCUACAAAAUACCAACUGUCUGCUUUACUCCCCACCUGUCUCCACCCCACCCGAGAUUGAACGUUUUCUACUUUUUACCAACUAUCUUCAUCUCCUUCCACUAUACCCAUGAAUCAUCUGUGUCUUCUUCCUUCAUCCUGUCCAACCGUUCCAUCGCUAACAUGUUCUGUCCAAUUAAUUCAUCAUCACCAGAUGUCUUGAACAACCACCUUUACAAUACAUUUGCACAAAGUCAUAUCAUGCCCCCCUGCUGUACUCAGUAUAAUACUGUGAGACUGCCAUUCUUCCCCCUCCUUUGCCAGAAUCUCUCUUCUGGGAGAGUCACAUCGGAAAGAUCUUCUGAAUAGCAGCCCAAUAAUCUUAAUUCUGCAACCCCCACUCAGCGUAAGUGAACCCGGUGGUUAAUCUCAGAAACAGUUUCUGUAAAAUAGAUUCUCUGUACCAGUUCUCUUUGGUUUUACAGGAAUUACUUUCAGGUAGCAGAGACCGGAACCAUAGAGCAUCCAAAAGGUAGUGAUGGUAAUUUCGAAGCCCUGUGAACAAAUUAACCGAUAUGACGCUACUGGCUUAAACCGGACACCACGGAAAAUACAUUUGACGCAGUUCAGAAUGGCGACAUCUGCUGGAUAGUUAUGAGAACUACAUUUGAGUUGGUCUCCUAAUGUCUGCAUUAAUUCAUAGCUGAACUUGUUUGUUUCAAAAUAAUAGUAAUAAUAAUGCAAAUAUGAAUAAACUAUUUAAAAAAUGGCUGAAAUUUUCUCAAAUUUGUAAUAUAAUAAAGAUGUAUUCUGAUGUACAACAGCAGUUGAAGUCUUUCUGAGCUAAAUGAUGUGUUAUUAUACCUCAAACUAUGAUACUGUACUUUAGGCUGUUUUUGACUAAAUGUUAUUGGGAAAGGCUGUGUGUUUUCAGGGUUGCAAACAACAUAAAUUCAUCAAGAAAGGAUUUCUAAAAUAGUUUUGAAGAUUCUUUGGUAAUUGAAACAAUACAAUGUUACAAAAGAUGAUCAUAUUAAAGGAAAAGUAUAAAUAAAACAAUG